GUUUAGAUCCAAGCUGCACCCCGCGGAUCGAUCGAUGCGAUUCGCCUUCCCCAAGCUUACCGGUUUUCCGUUUCGAACCGCUGAACCGCAGCACAUGGGCUAGUCACGCACAACGGCCGUGAGGAUGCAGGAGGCUGAGUUGUGGGAUGCCUUGGGCAGUUCUAGUAGUAAACAAGCCGGUUUGCCUAGGCUUAGCACGAGAAUGCCUAGCAUUGUCACGAUAGAUAAUCCAGGCUCCCAUGCCUUGGUGUUCCCUACCCAAGUUUGCUAGUUCAGCUAUCCUCCCUCCGUUUCAAACCCACUGCCCUAGUCGAUCAAUAUCUUCAGUCCCCCCGAACAAGCUACACCCAAGUACUUAAUGAACAGUUCACGGGUUGAAGAAAUCAUAAGGUCCUUGGAGUAUCACCAUGAGCAGUAUAUCAAAAACCUACGUCUCCUCCAAGAGGUGCAUAGUAACGCCAGCGUGCGGGCAACUCGGCUUAUCAACAACGAUGUGACAGCCUCGCCCUUAAUCAAAGCCGUCAGUUUCGGCCAGGUGUCGGCCCAGUCAACGGGAAGUCUUGGAGCGCGACGUUUGACAAACGACUCGCCAACAACUCAACCAUCCCCGGUCUCUGACGCAGUAGAGCCGGCCGAGGAACCCCCUUUCUUGCCCUUGACGCCGCCGAUACGCUCCAACUCAGCGAGGACCUCGGAGACGAUCGUGCCCUCUGUGCAGAGGCCCCUUCUCAAAGAGACUUUUUCUGAGGAAGGUUUACUCAUCCAUCUUCGCUCAAUUGGCGAGACAAAUCAUGACACGAUCACAGCUCUCGGCGAAGUCUGGCAAAAGAGGGACGAGCUGGACAUCUCAAGCGUAUUCACCGGAUUUGAAACUGGGGAAGGCAGCCCCUACGCCAACGCCACCUACGAGAUCUUGGAAAUUGGCAUGGAUAGCAUCCCCCGGCACAAACAAAUACAGUCCGACCAGGGAUUUCUUGGUGGUGCUGGUGAUGGGGACGGUGACAACCAGGAUUCCUCUGUCUGGAGGGUUCUCAAGGAUAUCAACGCUGAUGGGGACGCGGUCGGAAGGAUAACUAUCCUCCAAGAACCGACGCCCCUUAUGCUUGCUGCUACCCACAUGUCAAUGCAGCAGCACUUCGACAUGGAUGAGCUAUUUCAGCACUUGGUUUCUACCACUGGGAAUAAAGGAAAGACCAAGGCCUAUAUGGACAGAGCCUUCGAAACGGCUGACUUGAGGCAACGGAGCUUUUUCUUUGUCUUCAAAUAUUACACAGUCGUCGGUGAGGGACUCACACCAGCCCCUUGGCAGGCAUUCGACCAUCGCCCGCCGGACCGCAAGUCACCCGACCACAUUGACAUUACCGAGUGCAGUUCUAUCCUUGCGCUCUCUCUUGGGGGCGACCCGACCGGUACGGUCAAAGUAAAGGUUAAACGUAAGACCCGUAGCGGACUGAUAUACGACACGUUUGCCCCCUGGCAUCUUCUUAACAUCCAAUGCUUCCCCGACGACCAGCACUCGACGAGGAGCGACGACUCCAAAAAGCACUUUUUCAAUGGACCUUACGCCUUCCUUGACGCCCUGUGCAUCGAAUAUCGCGAUGCAGUAAAGCGUUACACCUAUCUAAAUGAGAUGAUAACGAAGCUCAUUACUCCCCCAAACCAAUUCAUGUUCGAUGUCCGCCUCCGGGAUAAACUCCUAUUCGAAGACAGCAAUUUUACCUACUCCCGCCGCUACUUUUGGGCGUACAACACGCUAGGUGUAAUCAACGAGGGGAUCAAAUCUAUGCGCUCUGCCUACCUCAGCACCUUUACCAAGGACUUUUGGGCAGGCCGGCACCCGACGUUGUGGCCUCACCCAAAUCCGGACUCCACAGAGGGGCGCGACUACGCUGCGAGGAUGGAUAUUCUGCGCCAGGACCUCGAGAGCGCUGUUGCAGAUCUCCAGCUAAUGUACGAAAAGAACGAGACUACACGGACCGAGAUUCGCUCGCUGAGGGAGCAGCUCUUCAGCGGAAGCAGCGUGAAGGAAUCUAGGAGGGCGAUUGAGCAAGGGGAUAACAUCAAGAUUUUGACCAAUGUAUCCAUGAUUUUCCUGCCGUUGACAUUUGUUGUUGGCGUCUUCGGAAUAACAGAAUUCGACAUUUCGCCCGAGGACUGGCGCUUCGCUGUGACCCUAGUCUCCGUCUGCAUCCCGUUCUUCAUCCUGAUCCUAGUACUAGUGAGUCCUCAAGCCCCUCGAUACUCGACGUCCACCGCUCCACAGAGAGAAAGAAAGAUAAAGAAAGAAAGUUGCGACUGCCCAGCUGACGCCAUUUGCACAGCAAACCCGCGCGGCGAUGCAAAUGGUGCGCAGAUUUGGAUCGCUUGUCGACGGCUAUCUCCGCCAACUCUUCUUUGGCAUAGCCACGACGGCAGGCGGCGCGGCUGGAGACGAUCGCAGGCAGUACCACCACUCCUACCACAUGACACACCAGCAACUGCACCUGCAGCAACAGUCACGACAUGUUGAUAUUAGGACGCCUUGGUUGGGGCUUACGAGGGUUUGGCGCCGGGAUGACAACGGCGGGAUAUGGAGAUGGCUGCCGUGGCGGCUGAGGGAGA